AUGCACACGCCCCGCAUGCGUGCGAGCGCCGCGCACCGUCUCGCCCGGGGAUACUCGACUGCGAUUCCCCCGCCCGGCAAGACGCCUGUGCCGCAGCCGCGCCGCCGCGGCUUCUUUGGCCGCGCGGUCUUCUACACGGUCUUUGGCACUGCGCUCUUCUACGGCGCCUCGGUGCCGGUCGCGCAGCGCAACGCCGAGUACAAGCGCCUGUUUGAGGAGCGCGUGUACUUCGGCAAGGAGGUGCUCGACUUCUUCGAGAAGCACCACGACCUCGACGACAUCCGCAAGGAAUUCGACUCGCUCCACCUCGACGACACGGUCGCCCGUGCCGCGAGCCAGGUGCGCACCGGCUUCACGCACCUCUCCGACAAGAUUAUGCAGAACGAGCGCGUGCAGCACACGCGCGAAGAGGUCGAGAAGCACGCCGCCGACCUCCAGGCCAAGAUCCAGCACCAGAUCGACGAGCUGAAGGCCAAGGCCGGCGACGAGGGGCACGUCCUCGAAAAGCAGGUGCAGGACCUGCGCGCGAACUCCUCGCAGUGGCUCGAGCAGGCCGCUGAGCUCGCGGAAAAGAGCGUGCAGCAGGUACGCUCGCGCGCCACGGACCUUGUCCAGGACGUCAAGGAGCGCCUCCCGGAGGACGUGCGCAACGUCAUUCCCCUCGCCGAGAAGAAGGUGGGUGAGCCGCUGUACGAGGACCUCCCGGUGGGCUUCGAGGCGCCCGAGGGCUACGCGGCCCCGCGCCGCGACCGCAAGCUCGAGGCGACCAAGGACGCCAAGGCGCGCCUGCGCUCGGACCCGCAGGCGCCCAAGCUGCCGCAGCUCGCCCCGUCGCUCAACAAGCUCGUCGGCUCGGAGCCGAUCGUGUCGCAGCUCGCGGGCACCAUUGACGAGCUCGCGGCGUUUGUGCGCGACACGCCGGCCGGCCAGGUGGCUUCGGGCGUGCUCGAGUCGGCGCAGGCCGACCUGCAGCAGCUCGUCAAGCGCCUCGACCAGAUCAAGGAGACCGACGCCAAGAAGCUCGAGAAGCAGCUCGCCAAGCAGGCGAAGGAGUACGAGGCCGAGAUCACCAAGGCCGCCAAGCAGGCGACCGGCGACCUCGACAAGCGCGACAAGGACUGGCAGAAGAAGCUCGACAAGAUCCAGUCCGAGCAGACGGCGCUCUUCAAGGGCCGCCUCGCCAAGGAGCUCGAGACGCAGUCGGCGAUCAUCAACGAGCGCCUCCGCGAGGAGGUCAUGGCCCAGGGUGUCGAGCUCCAGCGCAAGUGGUCGCGUGAGAUCAAGGCCAAGGUCGAGCAGGAGCGCGCCGGCCGCCUGGCGCGCCUCGACGAGCUCGCCACCGAGCUGCACCGCCUCGAGGCCGUGUCGCUCGACAACGCCAAGACGCUCGAUGACAACAUCGGCCUGCACACGCUCUCGGCUGCGCUGCGCAAGCUGCGCACCGCCAUCGACGGCGCGGAGGAGACGGGCGAGGAGGCGCACGCGUACGUGCGCCGUACCUUUAGCAAGGAGCUCGACACGCUCCGCCGCACGCCCAAGGCGCAGGACAAUGAGCUGAUCCAGGCAGCGCUCGCGGCCGUCGACCAGACGGGCGCGCCGCAGGACGGCGUCGAGAGCGUGCCGACGCUCCACGAGUGGUUCGCGGCACGCCUCGCACCGCGCCUGCGCUCCGUCGCGCUGCUCCCGGAGCAGGGCGCGGGCGUGCUCUCGUACCUCACCUCGAUGGCCCUCUCGCCGCUGCUCUUUUCGCGCAAGGGGCUCAUCGAGGGCCAGGACGUGGCCAGCACCGUGGCGCGCGCCGAGUGGUACCUCGAGCACAAGGACCUCGACCGCGCCACGCGCGAGCUCAACCAGCUCCACGGCUGGGCGAAAAUCCUGGCCGGCGACUGGCUCGAGGCGGCGCGCAAGCGCCUCGAGGUCGACCAGGCGAUCGGCUUGGUCGAGAAGGAGUCCGAGUUUAACUCGAUGCUCAAGACAUAG